GAUAUUGACUUUCGCAUGCACGGGGCGCGUUGCCUAGAGUCUCUUCAGCCACUGCGAUUCCUAGACGAGAGCAUCGAGGAAAAGAAUUUGCGCGCGGGUUGAACAACCACGACGACGACGACGCUCGCACACACGCUCGUUGGUCGCCAGGCGAAAAGCAGAUAGAACCAGAAAAAUAGCCGAAGGCCUCCCGAGGCCGGAGGAACGAAAAAACGAAAUACGAGUCUGAUCGAGGCGGGCCGGAGAAAAAUAGCCGUGCGAGGAGGGAUAGUCAGGAACCGAGCUACAUGGCUCCGAAAAUUAUUCAUUCUUUCCACCGUCCACGCGUCUGUUACCCAAGUCCCAACGAGCAUCACCGGUUCUGUCGACCUGUAAGUUCGAAAUAAUUCCGUGAACGAUUCGUGCAACCAGUUUCCGCGAAAUUAGGAGCGAAUCCAGUGGAGGUGGCCCUGUACGCGGCCCGGUGUGCCGUCCCCUUCGUCGCAUCUUAAACGAUAUACGCUCGAGAGUACAGGGACGACAACGAGCGUGAAGAGAGAGAGAGAGAGAGAAAGAGAGAGAGAGAGAGAGACAGUGUGCGAUAGAAAAGAGAAGCAUGACCACCACGCGAACCGAUUUAUUAGAUCGACGUUGAUAUUCUCCACGAUUCGAGGACAAGCUCGGAGCUUAUAUGUCACACGAAAACGCAAGAACCAGCAACAUCCACGGAAGACGAAAAAGGAGAAAAUUUCGCGAGCGCCACACUGCAAGGAGCAGAGCGAGGUCCGUAGAUCGGGGACGUGUUCUAACACGAUAAUAAUCGUGACAGCGACGUGAAACGCGAGCUUCCUUUGAUUCCUUCGAAUCGCUAAAAGUGAUCCGUUCGUAACCAGUUCUCUCGAUGCUCCGUUCUCGUACGAGGCGCAAACCGAUGUUCACGCUCGUACGAACGGAAGCCCUUUCAACGGUCGUGCACCACGCAUCCUUCUCCGAUCACCCCCUAGCCCCCUUCGUUUAUUCUAUUUCGCAUCGUGACUCGCGUUCCUCGUGUCCGUCCCGAUUUCGCAGUUGAACAUCUCCACCGUCGAAAGAAGAUAAGCACGAAUCUGUGGAAUCGUGGCGUGCGAAUAAUCGUAGGAGAGCGAUCGCGUCGUCUCGCUCCCUCGACCCACCACGCCGUAUCGAUUAUACUCGCCGCGCGCGAGCCAGAUAUUUGAAUCGUCGAUUCCCAGCCUUGCCAACGUGAUUCGCGUACUUCUCACGUAAUUCCGUUCGAAACCGUUCGAAUAAUCGUCGCGUUCUUCCCCCGUUUCCUCGUCCCGGAGACGGACGCAACCGCAUUCCCCGCGUUAACACAAUUUUUUAACCGAUCGAUGCUGAAGAACAACAAAAGUUUCUGCGACGCAAACCAGAACGAGGUGAAAAGGGAGAAGAAAAAUACCAUAUUCCGCGUGUCUCUCCCUUCUGCCGUUCGCAGAAAAGAGCGUGCGUCCGCGUGGGAGCCGUUUCGAAUAACAGGCGCACCAGGCAUGCCUUCCGCGUUACGUUGAAGAAUUUUUUUACCGCUCACAGAGAGAAAGAGAAGUAAACUUAUCUGAGAUAUAUUAACGAAAACUAAAGAAAGGAACACGGAGAGAUAUUCUUGUAAUAAAACAGUAACGAUUAAGAUCCUUGUUGGGCCUUUAGUUGAACUGCCGGCGCCGUUCUCCUCAUCGUCUUCGCAGUCGACGUUCGUUGACACACCGAUCGUCAACGACGUCACCAUUGUUGUUAUUGUUACACUGUUGUUGCCGUCGAUAGUAGUCCCCGCUGACGCUACCGUCGCCUCUUCUGUCAACGAUCGCCGAUCCUUCGACUUUUUUUACACACAUCGAUCUACUCUAAUCCGCGCUGGUCCAUCGAAUCUCGAACGCGACCGAACAGCGACAGGAGACGAUUACCGUCGUUCGCCGAGAACCUAUCCGGGGAUAGGGACAAAGUUUAAGGAGUAUUCGUCGUUUGGAAACGAGAGACACCGAAGCGAAGGAUGGUAGUGAAGAACGAAAACACGAGGAAUGGGCAUGAGCUGGCUCCGUUGAACGAGGAACGUCAGACAGGCCAGAACGUAACGAUUGUGGUGACCGGAAGCCAAAAUGCAGCUGCCGGUCAAGACACCAAGGAAGACAACAGAGCAGCAUGGAGCGGCAAAAUGCAAUUUUUCCUCAGUAUUAUCGGUUACAGCGUGGGACUCGGGAAUAUAUGGAGAUUCCCUUACCUGUGCCAACAGAACGGAGGAGGUGCCUUUCUCAUCCCCUUUUUCGUGAUGCUAAUCCUCGAGGGAGUACCCCUCUUUUUGAUCGAGCUGGGUCUCGGUCAACGGAUGCGACAGGGUGCCUUGGGCGUAUGGAACACCAUACACCCGUGGCUAGGAGGCAUAGGAAUAGCGUCCUGUAUCGUCACCUUCUUCGUCGCGCUUUACUACAACGUCAUCAUCACCUGGUGCUUCUUCUACCUGUUCAAUUCGCUCGAGGCCGUCACAAUUAACUUCGGCGAACCGUUACCGUGGGCGAAAUGUCCGGAGGUUGACGGGAAGCCGGUCGAGGAAUGCGUGAAGAGUUCGGAAACUGCCUAUUUUUGGUAUAGAACUACGUUGGACGCCGCGCCGUCGAUCGAGGAAGGUUCAAGCCUCAAGUGGUGGAUCGUUCUGUGUCUGCUGCUCAGCUGGAUCGUCGUCUUCUGUAUCGUGAUGAAGGGAAUACAGUCAUCCGGGAAGGUGGUAUAUUUUACAUCCAUGUUCCCGUAUUUGGUGCUUACUAUCUUUUUUAUUCGUGGAAUAACGUUAAAAGGUGCCGGCGCUGGAUUAGCCCACAUGUACACGCCAAAGAUCGAGAAACUGUUAGAGCCGAGGGUCUGGCUCGACGCGGCGACGCAGGUUUUUUACAGUUUCGGGCUAGCGUUCGGGUCGUUGAUCGCGUUUGGCUCUUACAAUACGCCGAACAACAACUGCGUCCGGGACGUGAUCCUCGUUAGCGGUUGUAACGCCUUCACCGCGAUUUACGCGAGUGUCGUGAUAUUCGCCAUUCUUGGCUUCAAGGCGAUGACAAACGUCGAUAAGUGCCUCGCGAGUAACAAAGACUUACUUUUCCAACACGGACUUAUACCGCACGAGAACUUCACAAUGGACGUGUACGAAAGCGUUGUAAAUACGUUCAACACGUCCGCGUACAAUUUUACGCUCGAAACGUGUAGCCUCAGCGAGCAAUUGGACAACGCCGCUGAAGGGACAGGACUGGCUUUCAUAGUCUUCACGCAGGCGAUAGUCGAGUUGCCAGGCGCCCCGUUCUGGUCUUGCAUCUUCUUCCUCAUGCUCCUAGCGCUCGGCCUCGGUUCCCAAAUCGGCAUUCUCGAAGGCAUGCUGUGCGUCAUCUUCGACAUAGACUUGUUCAAGAGAAUAAAAAAGCAGUACAUGACCGGUGUGGUUUGCACCAUCUGUUUCUUCGUCGGCUUGAUCUUCUGCACCGGUGCUGGAGAAUAUUGGCUGAAGAUGUUCGACAGUUUUGCUGGUACCAUCGGUCUCGUGAUGGUCGCGCUCAUGGAAAUGCUCUCAGUCAUCUUCGUUUACGGUCACGAGAAGUUCACGAAAGACAUCGAAGAGAUGACCGGAUACAGACCGGGACCGUACUGGCAGUUUACUUGGCGAUUCCUCGCUCCCAUAAUCAUGGUCUGCAUUCUCCUAUCCAGCAUAGCGUCGAUGUUCUUCAAGAAGCCUCAAUAUUCCGCAUGGGACGCGACGCGGGGUAUAACCGUGCCCACCGCAUAUCCCAGCUGGGUACUGGCCAUAGCAGUCGUGAUCAUUUUCGCCGGCGUCGCACCGAUACCCAUUGUAUUCCUCCUGAGACGAUUCCAAUGCGUCAAGCUGGAUGUUGACAUUCAUCAAGGCAGUAUACGACGUAUCGAGACGACAGUAUCUACCAAGGAGUUUAUGACAGAUGGCGAUUUGGACGAGUAUCACGAUCGUCUGGAAGAUUUCCCUGAGGAACCCGAGGACGUGAACAGCGACGACGACAACAAUUGCGCGCCGCCCAUCACGAAGAUCGUCCCUAACAAGCUGCAGGGUAAAUCGUUCAAAAUGGAAGUGAUGGACUUUUAAUAAACGGUUUCGCAACUUACGAACGGAGCGGGGAGGACUGUAUAACAUUGAACAUUCGUCUCUUUCGGUUCUCAGGAGACGCGUAAAACGAUGCGAAUUGUCGAUCGGGACCGCGAACGGUCGGUGCUUUUCGGACAAGCAAUACAGUUUUAAUCUCUACGUCGGAGCUCGGACUCUCGGCGUGUAACAAAGCAAAUACAUAUAUAGUAAACGCAGAGGAUGCGAAAAUAUACUCGGCGUUACGAACAAGCACCGUGACACAGGGAGGGACCGAUUUUAAUCGCAUUCGAAAUCGUUUCGUCGCGCCUCUGAUUAACUUAUUGAUUCGUUCGCCCGAUUUUAAUCGCCCCUUAUCAUUUUCAACGGCCUGAAUUUCAUGGAAUCUAAUCAAAUCGGCAAAUUAUUAGCGGUAAACGGAUGACAAAAACGCAGAUGUCCUAUUAAAGAUUAGAUUCCCGAAGAGAAGUUGCGCUGAUAUUAAUUAGAGUCCCUCGUUCGUGUAUUUAGAAAGAGUGCCGUCUGCUUUUCAGUUCCGUACCCUCCGAUUUUUCCGUACCGACGAACGACAGAGUCGUUUCAAACCAGAUGUUCCGACGAAGGCUCGUUUAAUUAGGAAGAAUUCGUCUUUCCGUUCUCCAUCGAUUUCUAGACGAUGCCUACGUUCCUACUGCUUCCAAACCUCAGGGCUGAUAUCACAGAAGGGGAUGAUCGAAAGAGAUGGUCGCAAAUGUCGAAACCUGACAUAGGUAUUUAUAUACACCUACUCGCCUGGAUAGUGCGUACGGAGUAGGGAAUAGUGUACAUAGAGAGGACGGUAUCUCUUCGUCGAGUUUCGUAAAUACUUCCGACUCGCUAGGAACUCGAUUACUUAAGACAAAGGUAGUUCGCGUUAAGUCGAAAUUUGGAGCAGGAUCGCAACAGUUUUCGGAUCGUACUUAAAAGAUGAAGAACCAAAGGAACGAUGGUUCGAGGUCGAGUCUUCGUCGAAGUUGAACGAAGCCGAUGCAGGACACGCGGUCGUUCUUCAAAGUAACUGGAAACGAGAGAUCCAACUGCGUUCGAUGUCUCUCGUUUUCAGAAUUCACUCCGUUAUCGAUGGGAAUAUAAAAAGUUCUGCAAACGUAAGGGCGGUUAUCUUCCCGUUGACACUGCGUACGUUCGUUGAUAAGGUCAGUACCUGGCUCGAGAACAUCGAUCGCGAUGCUGAACAGAUAAAAAUAAAUGGAAGUUACCGAUUAUUAUUAUUCAUCAUCGCGUGGCGCCGGCGAUGCUCGAAUUGCUAUAUUUUGGCAGCGCGAGUGCUCAACGUCCGACCACCUCGGGAAAUCGCGUACAUCCCACCAUCCCGUGUCGGGAUUAAUUUCUUUUCUCCGUUCUUCUCCCACUCUUAUUCUCCGUUCCCCAAUUUCACGCGUCGGAGCACGACCGCUGCUGCGUUCGUAGACAUUUAAAUAUAGAUCGUAUAUAGGGUAUAUUGUAUACACAAGUAUCCAAGACGUUUAAAUAAAAGCUUAUUUAUUGCCGAGUA